CCACUAAGGCACAUAGACAGCAGCAGCAACAAUUGUUCUGGGCUUUUGUGGUUAAUGAAAGUGAAACUUGGGCCAGUAAGCGUAAGCUCAUUUGACAUGGACCUAGAAUAGAGACAAGUUGAGACGAACCGAACAAAUUCCUCGGCCCGGUUUCUUCCAGCUGCCAUUCUAUGUACACUUUCGCCCGGUUUAUUGCAUCCAAUUUAAGCCACAAAGCAAUUAAAACGAAGCCAAAUGAAACGGCAUCCCAUGGGAAAGCUAUUUGGGUCCGUUUUGUGAGGGAAUUGAUCGAAAAGGCGAAUACCCUAAGGAGGCUGUUGCCUCAUGCCUAUAUUUGGGAGGAACAAAAUCCACCUAAAAGUCGAAGCACCCGACUGCAAGGUUAGCCUGAAAACUAGGCCAACUGCAAGAAGUUCCUGCCAGUGGGCCAAUAAAAGCCAAAGCCACCACAACUCAACACCACCUUCCCACCAUCUCCAUCUACCGAAGGUAUAAAAGGUUGGCCUGAGUGCGCGCCCAGCGUUCGCUCCAAGUCCAACAAGAAACGCGCGUGCGCAGCCGUCGCCAUCGCCAGUCGAACGUUAGCAGCCUCCGCGUCAACUUGUGCUCCGGUCUACGUCUACAACUCCGGUCUCCCUCGCCAUCUCCGUCUCCGUCUCUCUGUGCUCCACAUCUGAGGCCCCUUCGCCAGCUCCGAGCUCUGCGGCACUGGCUCUUGGGUUUUGCAUGUGCAGUAUAUUGCAUUAUAUUAUUUAUAGCAACUUGUUUUCAAAGUCAUUACGUGUCGCGAGCGCCGCCGCGUAGUCGGUGAACAAAUUGUGCAUUUUAAAAACAAUUCCCAUAAGCGGCCAUAAGCAAAACUGCAAGAAGCCAGAAGGCUAAGCAAGGCUAAGGCUGAGACUCAUUCAACCAAUUUAUGCGAUAUCUUUUGGGCUUUUCUGGAGCCUCCCUUCCCGACACAUUCUCGGAGUGCACUGCCUGCAUACAAAACCCACGCAAAAGACACACAACAAAUAUGCAAAUGGAAAAGCGCACGCUGCUGCUUCUGUUACUGGGUCUGGUUUUGUGCCUCGAAUCAUCGCAGGCCGCUCGUCGACUGCGCAAGAAGCCCAAAGUCUACAAUGCCCUCAUCACCACCGAUGAUAAUCUCACCUCCAGCAGGGCCUAUCCCGUCAUCCAGCCCACCAUUCAUGAGCCGGGCUAUGCUCCCUUUGGACCCUACAAUCCGUACGGCUUCUACAGUCCUCCAUUGGUGAGGUUCGGCCAGCCAAUUGUGCCUGGUCUGACGCCCAACGAGAGGCUGCCCUAUCCGCUGCCCACUGGAGCACAGUAUCCUGCUGGAUUUUCCCAAUACGAGCCCCAACAGCCUGUGGAAACGCCGGUGGAGCAACAGCCCUUGCCACAGGCGGCUCCGCCAUCACUUGAGCCCAAGGAAAUGACCAAGGAACAGAUGCCGCUGCCACUCAACGAACAAGGACUGCCGCCCGUCCUCAUCCGGCUGCCAUCGCAGUACACUGGACAGCCGACGCAUCUGCCUCCUUAUCCGUACAGCCAGUACCCGGUGAUCUAUGAUCAGGCUGGAUAUGUACGCCAGAACUAUCUGCCGCCCUACGACUACUACCCCACACAGGGCUACCCAAUCCGGGAGCCGACAGCAGCAUCAGCAGCGAAUGAACCCGCAGCGCCACCACCACCGUCGCCACCCAAAGAGGAACCGCAAGCCUUGCCGUUGGAUCUGAACCUGGAGCCGGUAAAGCCCAGUUUUGAGGACAUCCGGAACGGAUCGGAGAGUAAAAACAGCGAGGUUCCUGAUGUGCCGCCGCCACCAAUACCCUCUGGUCCGAGGCGUCCGAGACCCGCUGAGGGGGAUAAUUGAGGCCUUUCGCUCACACAAUCCAAUCAAAUCCAACCCAAUCCACACACGUAUUUAUUACCAUAUUUCUUAGGCAUAAACCGAUUUGAUGUAUUGUACAAUGUCGUUUAACCCGUAAGCUUAGUAAGUGUUCGCAUCCACAGAUAACGAAUAAAAUGUAAAAUCACCAAA